UUCGGCCAUUUCCCCAGCACUGUCUCAUGAACCAACUUGCACUUUUCAAGCCAACGGAAUAACCAAAUAAUAGCUAAAAAUGGCGUAAUUAUAGUUCUUCUGUAGUCGUUUUCCCCCACCCUUACGAUAGUAGGUGCCAUCGGUCAGACGGCCUCGCCGCUAAUCGCCCACCGCGCCACCCUAGCUCUCUGCGCCGCUCGUUUCUAGUAGGUAAUUAAUAUCUACCUACCUACCUACCUAAUAGGUAUAUUAUUAUUUUUCUCAUGCGGCGCGCGGUGAGAAAAUCUCACCGUUCCCGCCCUCGAUUUUCAGCAUGAGCAGUGCUGAGACAGAGCCGCUUCUCGGUAAUGUGUCGCGUGACCGUCUGACUGUAUCCGGAAACAUGGGCUUCGAGAACGGCGUCGAGGACUACGUCCGCGAGGCGGAUGCGGAUGCUUAUAACCAGGACCGAGAGCGGGAUGGGUACGGGCAUGGCCAUGGACUUGGGGGUGAGCAUGACGGAGACCUGGUCACGAGCACGGAGGCGCGGUCCCUCUCGCGCGGCCUCGCGCAGAGACAUCUUUCUAUGAUCGGGCUCGCGGGCGCCAUUGGCACGGGCCUGUUCCUCGGCCUCGGGGGCGCGAUCCAGACGGGCGGGCCGCUGGGCGCGCUGCUCGGGUACGCGAUCGUCGGGCUGGUCGUGUGCGCGGUCACGUUCGCCCUGGGCGAGGUGUCGGCCCUGCUCCCCGUCACGGGUUCCUUCGUGCGCCACGCCGAGUUCCUCGUCGACCCGGCUUUAGGGUUCGCCGUCGGCUGGAACCUGGUCUAUGGCAUCGCGCUGUCGAUCCCCAGCGAGAUCACCGCCAUCUGCGUGCUGUUCACCUUCUGGACCGAGGACGUUAACCCGACCGCUUACAUCAUGGUGUUCAUCGUGCUGACGUUCGUCGUCGGCAUCGCUUUCGUGCGCGUCUUCGGCGAGGUCGAGUUCGUGUUCGCUAUCCUUAAGGUCCUGCUCGUUGUCUUCCUUAUCAUUCUGGGCAUUAUUAUCGCGUCGGGUGGUAUACCGGGCACGCCUGCUAUCGGGUUCAGGUAUUGGUACGAACCGGGCCCGUUUGUCGAGUACAUAGCGACGGGGGCGUGGGGCCGCUUUCUCGGGUUCUGGGGCGUGCUGACCAGCGCCGUCUUCUCGUUCGCCGGCAUCGAGUCGCUCGCCAUGGCCGCGGCCGAGACACGCAACCCGAGGCGCGCGAUCCCCCGCGCGUGCAAGCGCAUCUUCUACCGCGUUCUGCUCUUCUACCUGCUGGCUAUCCUGGUGGUCGGCCUACUGGUCUCAAGCGACGACUCGCGCCUCGACGACUCGUCCGGUACGGCGGCCCAGAGCCCGUUCGUGAUCGCGGCCUCGGCGGCGGGAAUCAGCGCGAUACCCAGCGUCGUCAACGCCGUCGUCAUCACGUCCGCGUGGUCGGCGUCGAACCAGUCGCUGCUCUCGGGCACGCGCGUGCUGUUCGGCCUCGCGCUCAAGGGCCAGGCGCCGCAGAUCUUCCUGCGCACGACGUCCUGGGGCACGCCGUACGUGUGCGUGCUGUUCUACACCGCGUGCAUGUUCCUCAGCUUCAUGAGCCUGAGCAACGGCGCGCUGACCGUGUUCUGGUGGCUCGUCGACUUGACGGCCGCGGGCGUGCUGGUCUCGUGGUCGGUGAUUCUGCUGAAUCAUAUUCGUCUUAAGCUGGCGAUGAAGAAGCAGGGGAUUCCGGAUGAGCGGUUGCCUUGGCAUAAUUGGUGGACUUAUUAUAGCUCGUGCGCUGCACUUUUUAUGUGCAUUACGAUUCUGUUUACGGGCGGAUUUAAGGUCUUUACGAAGGGGAAUUGGGACCCGAGUGGUUUUGUCUCGUCGUAUCUGGAUAUACCUCUUGUCUUGGGAGCAUACUUCAUAUGGAAGUUUGUCAAAAAGACUUAUAUUGCACAGCUUGAUAGCAUACCGCUCGAUGAAGCGUUUAAACAGGUGGACCUCUACCCCGAUGAGCCGGAGGGCAAGUCGGAGGGUUGGGUGCGCUUGAUUAGUUGGAUAUGGGAUUAAUGAGAUAAGCACCGAAUUAAAGGGAAUAGAGUAGACUGAUUGGAAAUGGGUUAUAGAAAGUAAUUAUGUCGCCAAAGGAGAUACUUUUAGGUUGAUCGCAUCUAUAUCGGCGUUGAUGAGAGUAGCGGAUAGGAGAAACUUAUAUUAAUGAGGGG